UUCUAGUAGAAAUGUGAGUUGUAAAGGUUUCUUUAUGAAAAUUCAGCCUUAUUUUCGAAAAUCAUUAUUAAGGUUCCGUAGUAACUUUUUCGAGACCCAGAAAAAAAUUGAAUACAAUUUGCUCCAUCGACAGUGCGAAAAGUAUUAUUUAGGAAUGGCAAAAUUACUAAUGUCACCCCGAUAAUGCGGAAUUCAAGUAAAAAGCCCAGUUCCAGAAAAAGUACUAGAAAACCCAACAUUAAAAAACCUUCUGUAUCCAAAAACGUAUCAAUUUUGCCGAAAACUCCUCUCGAACCUCGUCCCAAUCACUUGAUCUACUUUCUCAACAUCAUGGCAGAAACUAGAAUCUCCAACUAUUUCCUUGUCGCGUCAGAUGUCACAUCAAUUUUCAAGACCAGCACAGAGAAAAUCUGCGACUCUAUUGGGCGCUGGAAAAGCCGGGAGUCAGACGACGAUAAUAAUGCAGACUUUCACAUCAACAAUGACUCUGAAAAACUAACCGCUUUUGGUUCGAAUGUUGUCCGAAUCGGAGAAAUUUUGGGCACGCUACAGGCCGAAGAUCCAAUCUCGUUUGCAUCAAAUUACCAAACUGAGCUAAUUUUAGGAAGCGUAAUACCACUUGCAAAAGACGUUGUGAAGUUGAAACGUAAACUGUUGCGGAUAAGUGAUGCAGUCAUGCCGGAUUUGAAAGAGUUUCGAAAUUUGGUGGAGGUCCAUGGUCUCUUAUCCAGUCCUGCGGAGAAUGAGGUGAAUGUGAAUGAGGAUUUCGGAAAUUACGUUGAAAGCGUGACCGACACUGCGAUGGAAUCCCUCUCCCAAAAGCCAUCCAUCCAGAUUACUAGCAAAAAUAAGGACGGGUUUCCCCGAUUGAUUCACUUCAUACGAAAUAUUUUCUCUAAAAAGAAUAAUUCCAAGCCCGCUUCGAACUCUGAGGUAGAGGAAACGAAAUCCAAAUCCCAGAAAUCGACUACCUCUGAAGAAUUUGAAAUCAAACCACCGUCAGAAAAACCGAGUGAGAAACACCUUCAAAAAAUCGCAUCCACUCUCGCAACCCAUAAACAACCUCUCAAAUCGGUAGAUUACAUCUUGGAUAACACGCGCGUGAAGGUGAAAGACGAAAGUGAAAACAACGCCGAGAUGUGGGAGCGGAUGGAAGAAACGAUGAAAAUCGAUGAUGAUGAUGAUGUUAAGCCCGGAAAAUCUGUACAUUCCGUGGACAGUCCACUAGUCGUCGAAAACUUGAAUGAUGACGAGGUCAAGUCAAUCUUGGAGCAGGAAGCAGCCAAAUUUUUUCCUCGGAAAGAACUUCCCGAUAAUAAAAUCGACCCUGAACCGCAAAACGAUGACGGAACGGACACAUUUUCCAUUCAAUUUCUGAGCAGUGGUCAAAAUGGUAAUCAACCGUCUGUCACACAAUUCCAGCAUUUUAGCAAUUCCAACAAUUCGGAUCAGCAAGUAACAAAACUUGACGUGAUUCUGGACGAGUGUGAAAAAACGCUGGACUCGAUCGGUAUCACGACCACGCGUUUCCUGCCACCGUCUGAUCAAGUAUUUGGAAAUUCAGAAUUGCUCUCUGGUGAACAGCACAUUGAUAAAAAGGAUCAUCCACUUUCCGAGUACAGAAAAAUUGUGGAUCAAAUGCAUCGAUCUACGACGGAAACGAUAAAUCAAAUCCGAGAAAUCGAACAAUCCUGGAUGAACACGACCACGAAGGCGGUGGGGUUUCAGAACUUUUUAAAAGUGGGAGACAUGCUGGACUACGCCCUGAAAACGGUUCACCUAUUGGGAGAUGCCCAAUUUAUUGAGCAAAUCUACCCUGAAACUAAAUCAGACGUGCUCAAAGGGGUGGAGCAGAUUUACCGUGAAUUUCAUAGCUGUUUCAUCGCUGUGGGUGAAUUGGCUGAAAUGGUGUCGACAGAUGUCAUUUAUUUAAGAGAAUUGAUGGAUAAUUUACCGAAAGGGGAUCCGAUUGUCUACGAAUUCACGUCAAAUUCGAGUUUGGGAAGCUUUGACCAAAUUGAGGCUGCGAAUAAUGUACCGACCGGAAGUAACUUUGUGUUCGAUGUGGAAGCAAUAUUUGGAUAAAGUCUCAGUUUUAUUUCAAAUGCACGAAAUUAAAGGAGUAAUUAAAUAUUAAUUGUGUGCAAUAAAAAACCCAUACUUUUUGUUUUGAGCGAA